AUGGGGUUCGGAAAGUUUUUCUACGGCGACAAGAAAUGGGAAAAUGUCGACGAGAACCCAAUGCCCAAGGACGUUCCAGACGUUGAAGAGGUGGGUGCGACCUCAGCUCCACUCUUAAGUGCUGCAUUCUUCAUUGGCGCCAGAUGUAAGCCAUAUAAUGACGAUUUCAUGUUGUGUAAAGACGAGAAGAACGGCGGUACCGUUGAGUGUUUGAAGGAGGGCAGAAGAGUCACUAGAUGUGCGGUUUCUGUGUUGCAGGACUUGAACAAGCACUGUUUCGACGAAUUCAAGUUGCACUACGAAUGUCUUGAACAGGAGAACCACAGGUUGGGCGGCUGCAGAGCCAGUGAAAAGUUGUUCAACAAGUGUGUGUUUGACAAAUUGAAGUUGGAGAAGAAGGUGCCUGGCGUCAAGCCAGAGGAGCAGAUCCACUUGAAGGAGAACCCUAUCUACACCGGUACUGGCCAGGAUAAGGCCGUGACACAGGCCUUCUUGAAGGGUAAACAGGAGGAGUCCGCUUAG